CGCGAUUUAGAUGAAGCGCUUUUUUCUUGCUACGCCUUGGGGUCCUUCCCACUCUACUUCCGCCCUCCCCUGAACGGCCUCCUCCUCCUCCAUUCCUCUCUCCUUUCCUUUCUUUCUUUCUUUCUCUCUCUCCCGUAUCCUCAUGCUCCCCGUCUGUCCUCUCUCAUAGCCCAGCCAGCCUUCCAUGUCUGAUCCGGAGCCAUCUGUAGCGGCACGUUCGUCGUCCCCGGCCACUGCCCAGGCACCCGAGUCGGCUGCGGCUGCGGCUCUUAAUUAUGCCUUCCUGGUCCACUCGCAGAAGACUCUGACCCAGAACCUGCCUCCGAGGGUCGACAAUAAACUGUUGGCGAGGCAGAAGCGUCGCCGGACGAGUCCGGAGGACCAUGCUAUUCUUGAGUCGGAGUAUCAACUGAAUCCCAAGCCGGACAAGGCCGCCCGUACAAAUAUAGUCCAGCGGGUUUCGUUGGGCGAGAAGGAAGUGCAGAUUUGGUUCCAGAACCGUCGCCAGAACGAUCGUCGAAAGUCCAAGCCUCUCCAGCCCCAUGAACUCUUAGCCCCGCGUUCCGGCGGGACCGACGCGUCGAAAAACAUCUCGAGUGAUGAAGUCCUACCCGCAGAACCCGGGUCUUCAAGUGGAACGGAACAGUCGGAGGAAUCGGGCAGCGAGAAGCAUUCGAUGGAACAAUUGGCCGGCACCGACUUGGUAGAGGCGGACGUGCCGCCCGCAGAAAGAGAUGAGACUGAACAACUUGGUCCCGACUCUCAAACGAGCGUGGAGUCAUCCGAAGUUCCGGACAAUAGCCAGCCCAUCUCAGAGACGACUGAACCGGACCCUGAACCGACGCAGAUACACGAGACCAUCGUAUCAGAGGAGUCACUCCCGAGCUCUGCGAAGAGAAAACGAUCUAUCUCCGAACUUCGUGAAUGCGAGCCAGCAGUACAGCAACCAGUCACGCCGGGUGCAGUGCCGGAUGCUAAGUCGCCGCCUUCCUUGAGGAUUUCCCUGUCAUUUGAUGGCGAGGCGAUGGUGAGAAAGGACACCGAGUUGACGCCGUCUCCGCCGAAGGGACGCAACGCGCUUCGAAUCGCCAUGUCUUCAGAUGGGAAGGCCGUGAUCCGUGCCGAAGGCGAACCGUCACCGUCUAAGAACCGGGUCUCUAUGUUCUCGGCCCGGAAACCUCGGUCUGCAGGUCUUCGACGGAGCAACAGUGCUGUGGUGCAUGGAACGCCGCGUGGUCCCGCAGAGAAAGAGAGACUCUUUGGAAGAUCACGAGACCCUCGCAACUGGGAGUCUUUCUUCGAUACCGAUGCCCGAAGUGCCCUGUCCACACCGUCUAGCUCCCAGACUGCGCCCAACUCUGGCUCCCCGGGGAUGUUCCGCCCCGGAGCUCCACGUUCUUUAACCCGAAGCCUAUCGGCUAGACACAGAAACAUGUUGACUUCUACUCCCACAUCUUCUGAGUACCUGAACACGCCAGUCCCCAACGCCGCAAGAGAGAAGCGACGCAAGAUAUCACGUACCGUUUCCUCCUUGGGGCGUCUGGAGUCUGGUCAUAGCCUUCUGAACCGGACGGCAUCUGGCCCGGUCAGACAGCCCAAGUUACUCCCGAAGAUUGCUAAGGACGCCGGCGACGCAGAUAUGCAUGGUGGUGAUUCCGACAAGGAGAACUGGGUCCCCGGUACACGAGCGUCCAAUGUUCGUCGUCGGGCGGCUUCCCACCAUCAAUCACAACGCCCCGCACUCGGAGAGUCGAAGGGCAGAGACGGGAAGGCCAAUAAGGACCUAAUGGCCACCGGAAGACGCUCUCGACUUUCUCAGGCGUCGCAGCGCAAAGUCAGCGGAGGCAAAGACGUACCAGAAGUGGACGCCGAUGUCUCUGCAUUCAUGGCUGGCGGGGGUAGUGCAAGUCAGGAAGAAGACCUUGAUUGCAUCCAAGGCUUACUGUCACUCAGCCAAGGUGCAUGGAGGUAGAGACUCUGCUCUGAUCUCUCUGAUACGAAUCUUCUUUUUUUUUUGUUAUUUUCUUUUGUCCAUUUUCCUUUGUUUCAUAUCCAUUCAUUCCUUCUGUAAUCAUGUUGGAAGGUGCAAUCCAGCAAGCGGUGAUUGCCUGUAUGAUGCUGAGCGAUGCUCAUUCUAUGACGAUUGACCAGUCUUUCCUGUCUAGUGCAGUCCUGGCCCUUGAGCUGUAAUGACUGCCUAGCAUUGAUGAUGAAAUUUUGCCACCGAGUAGGACACAGUGAUAGUCCUGUGUAAAUCUCCGGCUAAUAUAACAAUUAUCAAACAAAACAGAAUAUUCUGCAAAUUAUUUUGACCAAUG